AUGAGCGAAAAUCCAUUUGAGGUGCUAAAGGAAGACAUGGAGAAUGAGGAAGUUUAUUUAAAAGUCAAUGCUAUGCAUAGAGUGAAAGUUGUUGCCACUUUAUUGGGUAGUGAUAAAAUAAAGUCAUAAUUAAUACCAUAUUUUGAAACUCUAUUAAAGAAAGAGGACGACGAAGUACUGUUUGCAUUGGCUGAAGAAUUGGGAAAUAUAGCUUAAAUCAUCCCGAAUUAAUCAAUCUGCCUUUUGACACUCUUAGAAUAAUUGGCGGGGUUUGAUGAAACCGUGGUAAGAGAACAAGCUGUAAGAUCCAUUACUAUAGUAUGUGGAUUUUUGGCGGACAAUGAAAUAGCUAACACAAUAGUGCCUAUGAUUAUUAGAUUAGCUUCAAAUGAUAGUAAUUUCACAUGUCGAGUAUCAGCAGUCAGCUUGAUGUGUCCAUUGUAUGCCAGAGCAGGCAAUCAGAAGGAGAAAAUCAGACAAAAGUUUACUGAGUUGUGCAGUGAAGAAACACCAAUGGUGAGAAGGGCUGUAGCUACUAAAAUUGGUGAAAUCGCUUAGUUUAUGGAUAAGAUCCAUGUGAUUCAGGAUUUGAUCCCUGUUUUAAAGCAACUUUGUCAAGAUGAAUAGGAUUAAGUCAGAUUAUUAUGCAUGGAAAGUUUAAUGAAUAUCGCAAAAAUAUUGAAUAGUGGUGAGAAUAAGACCAAUAUUCUACCUCUUAUCAUUUAAUCAGCUGAAGAUAAAUCUUGGAGAGUGAGAUUAGCAUUGUCUAAAAUAUUCGCAGAUUUAGCUGAGGCUGUUGGCAAGGAAAUUGCUGAUUCUUCACUUAUAUAAAUAUUCUCUAAUUUAUUAAAAGAUACAGAAUGUGAUGUCAGAGUCAUUGCUGUCAAAAGUCUCGCAAGAUUCAUUAAAUUUGUGUCCCCAGAAAAAUUAAAUUUAAUUGUUCCACUUCUAUAAUUACUAUCAAAAGAUCCUUUUUCCUAAGUGAAAUAGAAUGCAUGUGAAGUUAUUGGUUAAAUUGCUACACUUUUACCAAAGGAGUAUAGUCAAAGCAAAUUAUAACAACAGUUGAUUGAUUUAAUGGCUGAUGACAAUUAAGAUGUAAGAAGAAAUGCUGCCAAAUCAGCAGGUCAAUUUGCAGCUGCUAUUGGUCCAGAAGCUUUGAAUCAAUUUGUUCCUUUUCUCAAAAAAUGUAUGGACGAUCCUAAAUGGAGAGUAAGAAAAGAAACUAUGCAAACUAUCAUUCAAUUAGCAUUGACUGUCAAGAAUCCAGAUGUUUUCAACAAAUAAUUGGAAUCUGUGUUUGUAAUGUUUUUAAAAGAUAGAGCAGCUGAAGUUAGAUCCAUGGGAUUAAGCUAAUUGCCUGCAUUGAUUGCUGCUUAUAAAUAGGAAUGGGCUGUUGGCAACUUCUUAUCCAAAUGUGUUGAAACUCUAUCCAAGGACGUUGGUUCAUUGUAUAGAAUCAAUGCACUUUAUGCAAUCUAAUAAAUUUCUUUUGCUGUUGAUGGCCCUGUUGCUUAGGACAGAUUAUGGCCUAUUGUUUAGAAGUGCUUAAAAGAUACUGUUCCCAAUAUUAGAUUUGUUAGCAUUAGAGUUGCUAAAUCUUUGUCGAAAAAAAUUGAUAACUAAUAAACUUUGAAUCAAAUUAAAUAAGCAAUUAAUGAAUUAAUAGAUGAUCCAGAUAGAGAUGUCAAAUUUUAUGCAUAAGAAGCAUUAUAAAAUUGAAUGUCCAAAAUAAUAUAUAUAUAAUUAUAUAAUUAUAACCAAA